AUGAUAUGUGGUUUGUGGAUCCAUCAUACGAGAAUCUACAGGAAGAAAGCAUAGAAUUUAUACCAUUAUGGCAACGCACAAAUCAACUUUCAUCUACUUCAAAUGAACUUACAACCUCAUCUGAUAUUAUAAGAUUUUUGGAAGAUGAAGGUAUAGAAAAUAUUACUUUACUUGAUGUGAGAGAAAAAUGUGACUUUACCAAUUGGAUGAUAAUUGGUGAAGGAAAAACUAUUAGACAUUUAGUUGGAGCAGCAAGCAGUCUUUAUAAAAUGUUAAAAGAUAACAUAAAACGCCGGAGUGAAGAUCAAUCGAACUCAUUUAUCAAUAACUAUCCGAUCAUUGAAGGCCGAGAUUCGGACGAUUGGGUGUUAAUCGACUCCGGGAAUAUUUUUGUACAUUUAUUCACUCCUGAAGCAAGAAAAUAUCGUAACCUAGAAGGACUAUGGGAGAAGGUACUUAUACCAUCGUCUUCCGAAGAGAGAAUGCGUCGAAUUGCUAAAGAUAUGGAACAGGAAUUUAAGAAUUACGAUCCGAAGUUUAUUAAGCAUCCUCCUUUAUCUGAUAGCAUUGAUUAA